AUGACAAGUGCACUCGGAUGGAGAUUUGCUUCUACUAAUGGAAAUGGCCUUGCCCCAAACGAUACGGAGAGAAAUGGGGAUAUGAAGAUUCCAGAUUCAGAGCCCCCAACUCCACAUUCAAGCACAAAGAUGAGUUUGAGGGAUCGUACAACCAGCAUGGAAGAUCCAGAUGGGACCUUAGCAAGUGUUGCCCAAUGCAUUGAGCAGUUACGCCAAGGUUCAUCAUCUGCACAAGAAAGAGAAUACUGCCUGAAACAGUUACUGGACCUUAUAGAGAUGCGUGAAAAUGCAUUCAGCGCUGUUGGAUCACACUCCCAAGCUGUGCCAGUGCUUGUCUCUCUUCUCCGAUCAGGAUCACUUGGAGUGAAGAUACAAGCUGCUACCGUCUUGGGUUCACUCUGCAAGGAGAAUGAACUUAGGGUCAAGGUGUUACUUGGAGGAUGCAUUCCCCCAUUGCUUGGUCUUCUCAAGUCAAGUUCAGUUGAAGGGCAGAUCGCUGCAGCAAAGACGAUCUAUGCUGUUUCUGAAGGUGGGGUGAAAGAUCAUGUUGGAUCAAAGAUAUUUUCCACUGAGGGAGUUGUACCGGUUCUGUGGGACCAAUUGCGCAGUGGAAAUAAGAAAGGAGAGGUUGAUGGUUUGUUAACUGGUGCGCUUAAGAACCUUUCUAGCACCACAGAAGGAUUUUGGUCUGAGACAAUUCGAGCUGGGGGAGUGGAUGUACUUGUGAAGUUGCUUACAAGCGGGGUGUCAAGUACAGUAUCUAAUGUCUGCUUCCUUCUUGCUUGUAUGAUGAUGGAGGAUGCCUCUGUUUGCUCCAGUGUAUUGACUGCAGACAUUACAAAACAGCUUCUCAAGUUGUUAGGAUCAGGAAAUGAAGCCUCAGUGAGGGCUGAGGCUGCAGCUGCUCUCAAGUCGCUUUCUGCUCAAUCUAAGGAAGCAAAGCGAGAAAUCGCUAAUUCUAAUGGUAUCCCUGUUUUAAUCAAUGCAACAAUAGCUCCGUCAAAAGAAUUCAUGCAAGGUGAAUAUGCGCAAGCAUUACAAGAAAAUGCAAUGUGUGCCCUUGCCAAUAUUUCCGGUGGUUUGUCAUAUGUAAUAUCGAGCCUUGGUCAGAGUCUUGAAUCUUGCUCUUCACCUGCUCAGACUGCAGACACUCUUGGGGCUUUGGCUUCAGCAUUGAUGAUAUAUGAUGGCAAAGCAGAAAUUACCAGGGCAUCAGAUCCGUUGGUCAUUGAGCAGACUCUGUUGAAACAGUUCAAGCCUCGUCUACCGUUCCUUGUCCAAGAACGUACCAUUGAAGCACUUGCAAGUUUGUAUGGGAAUUCCAUCCUCUCUGUUAAACUUUCCAACUCGGAUGCAAAACGUUUGCUUGUUGGUCUAAUUACAAUGGCGGCUAAUGAGGUUCAAGAUGAGCUUGUUAAGGCUCUUCUGAUGCUGUGUAACCAUGAAGGUAGCCUGUGGCAAGCACUACAGGGCCGUGAAGGGAUCCAGUUGUUGAUCUCUCUCCUGGGUCUUUCAUCUGAACAGCAGCAAGAAUGCGCGGUUGCACUUCUUUGUCUUUUGUCUAACGAAAACGAUGAAAGCAAGUGGGCCAUCACUGCUGCUGGAGGUAUACCUCCACUUGUUCAAAUUUUAGAGACAGGGUCUGCCAAAGCCAGGGAAGACUCUGCAACCAUUCUCAGGAACUUGUGCAAUCACAGUGAAGAUAUACGUGCUUGUGUUGAAAGUGCUGAUGCUGUCCCUGCUCUGCUAUGGCUACUAAAGAAUGGUAGUGCCAAUGGUAAGGAAAUUGCUGCCAAGACAUUGAACCAUUUGAUUCAUAAAUCAGAUACUGCAACAAUCAGUCAGCUUACUGCUUUGCUGACCAGCGAUUUACCUGAGUCUAAAAUGUAUGUUUUGGAUGCAUUAAAAAGCAUGCUCUCUGUGGUCCCAUUCAAUGACAUGUUACGUGAAGGCAGUGCUUCAAAUGAUGCUAUUGAGACCAUGAUCAAGUUGAUGAGCUCAGCAAAAGAAGAAACUCAAGCAAAUUCAGCCUCAGCUCUUGCAGCUAUCUUCCAGAGCAGAAAGGAUUUGCGUGAGAGCCCUCUAGCCCUCAAAACUCUCCUGUCGGCAAUAAAGCUCUUACAUGUGGAUUCUGAGAAGAUUCUUGUUGAGUCUUCCCGCUGCAUGGCUGCAAUUUUACUUUCAGUAAAGGAGAAUCGUGAUGUGGCCAUUGCUGCCAGAGAAGCAUUGCCUACUCUUGUUUCUCUUGCAAACUCUUCCGUUCUAGAAGUUGCUGAGCAAGGAAUGUGCGCAUUGGCUAAUCUUAUAUUGGACAGUGAAGUAGCAGAGAAGGUCAUUGUUGAAGAAAUUAUUUUGUCAGCCACUAGAAUCUUACGUGAAGGUACUGUGUCUGGGAAGACCCUUGCAGCUGCAGCAAUUGCUCGCCUGCUUAGCCGCCGCCGAAUUGAUUCCGCAUUGACAGAUUCUGUGAACCGUGCUGGAACAGUGCUUGCCUUAGUGUCUCUUCUAGAGUCUGCUGACGGAAGAUCUGAUGCAAUUUCAGAGGCCCUAGACGCGCUUGCUAUAUUUUCAAGGUCAGGAGCUAAUGGAAAUGUUAAAGCAGCUUGGGUUGUUUUGGCUGAAUCUCCUAACAGCAUGGCUCCAAUAGUCUCAUCUAUAGUGAGUGUUGCUAAUCCCUCCCUACAGGAUAAAGCUAUUGAAGUAUUGUCAAGACUUUGCCGAGAUCAGCCUAUAGUUUUGGGAAACAUGGUCAACGAUGCUAGAGAUUGCGUGUCAUCUAUAGCUAAAAGGGUGAUAAAUACCAGGGAUCCAAAAAUAAAAAUUGGCGGAGCUGCUAUUAUUAUCUGUGCUGCCAAAGUUAAUGAGCAGAAAAUGAUAGAAAAUCUGAAUGAGACACAGCUGUGUGCCAAAUUCGUUCAAGCACUUGUGCGGAUUUUAGAUCAAUCACAGAUUUCUGUGCAAGAUCAGGAAAAGGAUGAGAAAGAUACUAUCUGCAUAUGCAUUCAUCCCAAAGAAAAGGAGGAAGAUGAAGAGGAAGAGGCAACAGAAAGUAGGGAGGGUAACUCGGGGGCAACAGUUAUUUCUGGUGACAAUUUAGCCAUAUGGUUGCUCUCGGUUCUUUCUUGUUAUGAUGAAAAGACCAGAGCAGUAAUACUGGAGUCAGAAGGCAUUGAUUUGAUCACUGACAGAAUCGGCAACCGUUUUCUGCAGGCUGAUCAUGGAGAAGACACCAACAUUUGGGUUUGUGCUUUACUGCUAGCCAUACUUUUCCAGGACAGAGAAAUCACUCGCGCAAAUGCAACAAUGAAAGCUGUUCCAGUGCUCUCAAAUCUUGUCAAGUCAGAGGAAUACGCUGACAGAUAUUUUGCAGCACAAGCGCUAGCCAGUCUUGUCUGUAACGGUAGUCGGGGAACUCUUCUAUCUGUUGCAAACUCUGGUGCUGCGGCUGGGUUCAUAUCGUUGCUUGGUUGUUCUGAUGAUGACAUAAAAGAACUUCUGCAACUGUCACAAGAGUUCUUGUUAGUGCGUUACCCAGACCAAGUUGCCCUUGAGAGGCUUUUCCGAGUUGAAGAUAUUAGAGUUGGGGCUACGUCACGAAAGGCUAUUCCCUUACUAGUUGACCUUCUUAAACCAAUUCCAGACCGCCCCGGUGCUCCUCUACUUUCACUUAAUCUUCUAACUCAGCUUGCCGGAGACUGUCCACAAAAUAUGAUUGUCAUGGUAGAGUCAGGUGCUCUUGAGGGUCUCUCAAAAUAUCUUUCUCUUGGACCUCAGGAUGAGCAAGAGGAAGCUGCAACGGGUCUUUUAGGCAUCUUGUUUAGCAGUGCUGAAAUUCGAAGACACGAGUCAGCAUUUGGCGCUGUCAGCCAACUUGUAGCAGUUCUGCGUCUUGGUGGAAGAGGAGCAAGGUACAGUGCCGCCAAGGCAUUGGAUAGUCUCUUUUCUGCUGACCAUAUAAGAAAUGCAGAGUCUUCUAGACAAGCUGUUCAACCAUUGGUCGAGAUUCUCAAUACUGGUUCAGAGAGGGAGCAACAUGCUGCUAUUGCUGCACUUGUUAGGCUGUUGAGUGAUAAUCCAUCUCGGGCAUUGGCAGUUGCAGAUGUGGAGAUGAAUGCUGUGGAUGUUCUCUGCAGGAUCCUUUCUUCAAACUGUUCGAUGGAACUGAAGGGGGAUGCAGCAGAGUUGUGCUAUGUUCUGUUUGCAAAUACAAGGAUCAGGUCUACAGUUGCUGCAGCGCGCUGUGUUGAGCCUCUUGUCUCUCUCCUUGUGAGUGAAUUCAGCCCUGCUCAGCAUUCAGUUGUACGGGCACUGGACAAGCUUGUCGAUGAUGAACAACUGGCUGAACUAGUUGCUGCCCAUGGCGCUGUGGUUCCCCUUGUUGGCCUUCUCUAUGGUAAAAACUACGUGCUUCAUGAGGCUAUAUCAAGAGCUCUAGUAAAGCUAGGUAAGGACAGGCCUGCUUGUAAACUUGAAAUGGUGAAAGCUGGCGUUAUUGAUUGCGUACUUGAUAUUCUCCACGAAGCUCCGGAUUUUCUAUGCGCUGCUUUUUCAGAACUGCUUCGCAUCCUUACAAAUAACGCUACUAUUGCCAAGGGUCAGUCUGCUGCGAAAGUGGUGGAGCCUCUUUUCAAUCUACUGACGAGGUUGGAGUUUGGAGCCGAUGGACAGCACAGUGCUCUGCAAGUUCUGGUAAAUAUUUUAGAACAUCCACAAUGCCGAGCUGAUUAUACACUUACACCGCACCAAGUGAUUGAGCCGCUAAUUCCGCUGCUGGAAUCUACAUCCCCAGCAGUACAGCAAUUGGCAGCUGAGCUUCUGUCUCAUUUGCUCUUUGAGGAGCAUCUGCAGAAGGAUCCAUUAACACAACUUGCGAUUGGUCCUCUAAUCCAUGUUCUUGGAUCUGGCAUACACCUAUUGCAGCAGAGAGCUGUGAAAGCUCUCGUUAGCAUUGCUCUGACCUGGCCAAAUGAAAUAGCUAAAGAAGGUGGUGUGAGUGAGCUGUCCAAGGUGAUACUGCAAGCUGAUCCAUCUCUUUCCAAUGUGUUAUGGGAGUCUGCAGCAUCAAUUUUGGUUAUCAUCUUGCAAUUUAGCUCCGAAUUUUACCUGGAAGUUCCUGUUGCUGUCCUCGUAAGACUGCUUCGCUCAGCAUCUGAAAACACUGUGGUUGGUGCACUUAACACUCUUCUAGUGUUGGAAAGUGAUGAUGGAACCAGUGCGGAAUCCAUGGCUGAAAGCGGUGCCAUAGAAGCUCUACUUGAUCUUCUAAGGUCUCAUCAGUGUGAGGACACAGCAGCGAGACUACUCGAGGUACUUCUCAACAACGUGAAGAUUAGAGAUUCAAAAGCCACCAAAACUGCAAUCUUGCCUUUGUCCCAGUACCUCUUGGAUCCACAGACUCAAGCUCAGCAGGCAAGAUUACUGGCAACUUUGGCCCUCGGUGAUCUUUUCCAGAACGAAGCACUUGCUAGAAGCACCGAUGCAGCUUCUGCUUGCCGUGCUUUAGUCAAUGUCCUUGAAGAACAACCCACUGAAGAGAUGAAAGUAGUGGCUAUAUGUGCUCUGCAAAACCUUGUUAUGUAUAGCCGGUCCAACAAAAGAGCGGUUGCCGAGGCAGGUGGUGUGCAGGUGGUCUUGGAUCUGAUCAGUUCCAGUGACCCGGAUACAUCUGUUCAGGCUGCAAUGUUCGUAAAACUACUCUUCUCUAAUCACACCGUGCAAGAGUACGCAUCUAGCGAGACCGUCAGAGCAAUAACUGCUGCUAUUGAGAAGGACCUAUGGGCCACUGGAACCGUGAAUGACGAGUAUCUAAAAGCUUUGAACUCUUUGUUUAACAACUUCCCACGUCUAAGAGCCACCGAGCCUGCAACACUAAGUAUACCACAUCUAGUUACAUCCCUCAAGACAGGCUCAGAGGCAACUCAAGAAGCUGCCUUGGAUGCUUUGUUUCUUCUACGACAAGCUUGGUCAGCCUGUCCGGCUGAAGUUUCAAGGGCACAGUCAGUUGCUGCUGCUGAUGCAAUCCCUUUACUUCAGUACCUAAUCCAAUCAGGUCCACCACGGUUCCAGGAGAAAGCAGAAUUCCUCUUGCAGUGUUUGCCAGGUACUUUGGUGGUCACGAUCAAACGCGGUAACAACAUGAAGCAAUCUGUUGGUAAUCCGAGCGUUUUCUGCAAGAUCACACUCGGUAACACUCCUCCUAGGCAAACCAAGGUGAUAUCGACAGGUCCUAAUCCAGAGUGGGACGAGAGCUUCUCAUGGUCAUUUGAGAGCCCUCCCAAAGGCCAAAAACUCCACAUCUCAUGCAAAAACAAGAGCAAAAUGGGAAAGAGUUCCUUUGGGAAAGUGACGAUCCAAAUCGAUAGGGUGGUGAUGCUGGGAGCAGUGGCAGGUGAAUACAGUUUGUUACCAGAAAGCAAAAGUGGCCCCAGAAAUCUUGAGAUCGAAUUCCAGUGGUCUAACAAAUGA